AUGUCGGCCACGUUGGACGCAGAAGAGCUCGUUAGCUAUUUCGGCAGCGAGAAGACAACCCACUUUGCUUUGAGUGGCAAAAACCAACCGGUCCAGAUCACUUACCUAAAGGAAUCAGUUCUGGCAGUCUUCAGCGUGGCUCUGAUGAUUGUAAAGGAUAUCCACGACAAGGAAAGGGACGGGGAUAUCCUUGUUUUCUUCCAGUCCGUUGAGGAGGUUGACGAAGCCUGCACCUUGCUUCGCAAGGAAAUAGGCGAUCUUAACGUCUUGCCGCUAUACUCUCAACUACCAGGGAGCCAGAAAGACCCAAUCUUUCAAACAAGCACACAGGGCAAAUGCGUGUGUGCCACGAACAUUGCUGAGGCUAGCAUAACUAUCGACGGGAUAGUUCAUGUUAUAGAUCUUGGCAAGUCUAAGCAAUCUGGCAAUAACCCGCGCUUGGGAUUGGAGGCCCUUCUCACGGGUCCCAUCUCUCAAGCUGCCGCUCGUCAGCGCGCAGGUCGCGCAGGUCGCACUAAGCCUAGGUUUUACUAUCGCCUCUACACUCAUAAAUCUUUCAUGGAGGAAAUGCGACCAUCCAAUCAACCUCAGAUCCUCGAAUCUGAUAUGGCUAGCCACAUUCUACAACUUAAGGCCAUGGGCUUUGAUGAUGUGGCUCGGUUUGACUUUAUCGACCCGAGCUACGAGAUCAACACCCGAAAACCUCUGGCUCGAACCUCCUACCACCUUUCAGCUAUUUGGUAG